AUGAUUCAUGGAACUCAGCACAUUUCUAGCCAGGUAAUACAAACUUAGUCAUUUUUACUUCAUCUGCUAAUAGUUUUAUGCAAGUUAGUAGAUGUAAUAUAUAAAAAUAAUUAUCAGUAUUUGAUUGAAGCAUUUCCGGGAACUGAUCAUAGCUGUCCUUUUUUCCCCCUGUAGAUUGCCUCAGCUGUUUCCAUUUAUCGUCACUUUCCCAUGCUUAUUUCUAAGAUGAAAACAACAGUUAGUUCAGAAACUGUGGUAUCUCUGGCAAAACAGCUUUCAGGAGAAAGAUCCUUGUAAGUACUCAAUAUUAAGCACCUUUUUUGGAAAGUAUUUUGAUAUAUGAUAUACAUGUUUACAUGUGAUCUUUUGUACACUAAAGAUCAUACCCCAUUGCCGUCCAGGACUCAAAGAGAUUUUUAAGCAAGUGUCAUUUUCUCCUACAUGUAGUACAUUGUCAGAAGCCUGAAUUGGGAGAAAGAAGACUGGUAAAAACCCAGCCGUUUUAUACAAGUUUAGAUACCUAAAAAGCAUUGACGCAUAUACGAUAAAAUGCACUCAGUUCUAAUAUUUAUUUAAUGUGUUCUCUUGUUGUUUUAGGAGGCAUUAGUCAAGUCAAUCGAAGACACCACAGAUGGAAAGUCAGCAGUGGAGGCACUAGCCAAAAAGCUGUUUACACCCAAUGAACUGCAGAGCUCUUCAGUCACUGGUUUUCAAUGCAACAAAGCGUAUGAAUCACGACCAGGCCUGAGUCCAUCAAGGAGGAGUCUUUUAGAAAGUUAGUUUAGAUUUCUCUAUAUUUUUUCCCUUUUUUCAACAUGCUUAAUAUACAUGUAGCAUUUUUUUGACCUGAGGAAGUCUUGUUGAGGUAACAAAAUCCCAAAAUUUGUUUGGUCAUGCCAAACCACGGCUCAUCUUACAAUGUAACCAGCAUCUGGUGUCACCAUUUAAAAUUGCUUCUAUGUGGUGAACAUUUUUCUGUUAAUAUCUUAUUUCCCAGGAUUAAGUACUUUGCAGUGGGAUACUAGUCAAAUUAUUAAUAGUCACUAAAUAAAUUUAAUAAUUAAAUAGAGGUAACAAACAUAUCUACUACCAUGCAGUUAACAUGCAUUAAAUUAAUUUCAUUUGGCUGUUUCUAUCUUACAGGUAUUGUGUUAAAGAAAAAUUUUCUGGCAGCCACAAGGUCAUCUGUUAGAAAGGACCUUGGCCUGGUUCUUAAGAAAGCGAGGGCAAGCAAAGAAAACAACAAGGCCAAAUGUAAAGGACAAGAACCCAGAAAGCUAUGAAUGAACACUCUUUUUUUCUCAUAAAAUUAUUAUCUGUUUUAAAUUUCUAAAGUUACUGUUUCAUGAUCAGGGUACUGACAAACAAAGAUCACAUGUACAUGUAACAUAUAUUUCUGAUAAUGAUGUUUUACAUGUUUCAAUUGAAUUUGAAAUAAAUACAUAUGGCAUUAGGAAAAUGAAAGUCAUGACUGUUGUUUUUGUUGGGCAUGGUUUUACUGUUGAUGGAAGUUAAUUUGUGAAUAGUUACACAUUUAAAAGCAUCUGGAAUAAUGCUUGCAAAAGCUGGAAUAAUGCUGAAAAAAUCUGGCAUAUGCUAGAAAAAGCUGGAAUUGAAUGCACUGUCUUCACUUGCUUACAUUUAGGAGUGUGCAAGAAUUUUCAAGAAAAAUCUAGAAACUGACAUUUUGUAAUAAGCUGGAAAAAGCUGGAAAAAACCUGAUUUAUGCCAAAUUUUGAUUUCUGGAAAAAACUGACAGAUUCUAUCCUAAUUAGCAUGUUUCAUUAACAUUCUAGAAAAUUCUAGAAUUUUCCAGAAAAGAAAACUGGUAUAUUCUAGAAACUUCUAGAAAUCUUUUCUGUAAUAUUUCUAGAAAUAUUCUAGAAAUUCCCAGAAUAUUCCAGAUUUGUUUUACAAGGGUACUCCUCCUGGUGAUAAACAACAAGCAUUUGUCCUUGGUACUUCUAAAAAUGAAGUGCCAAUUAAACAAGAGAUGUUGGCAGCAAACAGAUUCCUAUCCUGCAGAGGCUUGGAAGUUUUUGCUGAAGGGGAUAGAGUGGAAACAUACCGAAGAGCAUUUAUAAAUGGUUCCUUUUUCAGCUCUGCAAAAAUGUGCACUAGCAAACUAAAAAAUUCAUACACUGUCCAGUAUACAGAUUCAAGUGGGAGAAUUCAAUUUAGAGAAAUUCAAAAAUUCUUUUUGAUUAAGACCCAUCAUGUUGCUAUUGUGACAAAGUUAGUGCAAAUUAAAUCUUUGGCAUCAGGAGUCACAUCAUCGUCAGAUGAGUUCAAUGAAUUUUGUAAUUCAAGACCUUUACUCCACCAUAUGGCAGUGACCAGAGGAUUACCGUAUCUAUUUUGUGUACCACUGUCUCAAAUAGAGAGAAAACUAAUAGUAGUUAGUAGCCUUGGAGAUAACAUGCUUACUGUAAGCACAUUCCCAAAUAUUGUUGAACACGAUUAA